AUGAGAAUUUACUAUGUUGGCUUGGUUACUUUCUACUUUUCUUAGAUUGCUGGUUUGAUUAUCUCAGUAUCUAAAGUAUAAGUCACAGACGACUAUUUAAAUUAUAUCUUUUAAUAUUGCCAAUCAGUUAGGGUAACAUACCUUCUCAAGAGCAUUAAUUCAGGCGUAGUAAUUGCAAUCGUAUUACUCGUUUUAUGCUCAUAUGAAUUGACGUUGAUUUUUUAUAAUUUAAAUUUGAGCUUUGCAAAUAUUAAAGAUGACGUUGAUAUUUUGAAAACCUAAGCCUACCAAAUAGGCACUAUUUAGCUUUACUUUGAGCAUUAAAAAUGGCUUUACUGCUUGCCUAAGCUAGACUUAAUUUUUGGUGUUUUAUUUUGCGAUCAAACCAAUGGAUCUUCAAGAUGUGUCUAAUCUCUAGUUAAUUAGAAUGAUAAUUUACUGAUUUACUACUUUAACAUAGGAUGUGCAAUUAUUUUGCUUCUAACAACUAUUAUGCUAAACCUAAUAAUAGUUCUUAUUUAUCAUAACCCAGAACUUAGCAGUGUUAAUUAACUAAAAUCCAGAUACAGCUAAUUUAAGUAGAUUGAGCCAUUGCUAGAAAUUGGAUUAGUUAUAACCACGUAUACAAAUAGCACAGGCUUGGUAUUUGCGGUUGGCUAGAUCUUUGGUAUUUUCUUAUUGGUUGAGUAUUUUUAUCAUUUCCCCUUGAUGGAUAAAAAUAUUUCUGACAUUUAUGGAUGGAUGGUAAUUGUGUAUUAAAUAUUCGCUUCUAUGGUGCUCUUUAGAGAAUACACAUCAAGCAUAAAAGAUCAAAACUUUCCAUUUACUUUCUUGGUUAUCAUUUCAAUAUUCUAUGGUGUUUUAAAAGCAUUUUGGAAUAAUAAAAUUAUUUUUGCUAUGACAGUAGAUCCCAACAGGUUAGGAGAUUUCCCUUAAUCUACUUGCUUGUAUCUUGAAAAGCUAUGCUAACUUUUUGAUUAGUCAAUCACUGAUCUUUCAUGUAAACUCACUCUCUUUGGGUCACUUCAACUUCAUAAAAACAACUGUAGAGAUACUAAAUGUCCUUGCAAAGAUGUCUAAUUUAACGAAUUAGCAGGUAAAGAAAAGCCAACAAUAUCAGGAGGAAUGAUCAUAGAUUUGGGAAAGGACAUUAAGAUUAAAGGAGUAGACUUUGCUAGAAUUUGUGAUGAUUUAGCUAUCUUUGAAAAGUGGUUUAUGCUUUUUGUAGACUAUCAGUUUGAGAUUUUAAUUAGCCAUUUAGUUAAGAAGGGCUAGGAAAUAAUAGUUUAGGAGGUGUGUUUGAGGUAUUGGUUCUUCUUGAUCAAGUUUAAGAAAAAUCAAAUAAAAGCACUUUACUAGAAUAAAGUCAUGAAUUAAGUCCUCAAAAGAAAAGACAGUUUCUUCUAAACAGUUGAAAGAAGCUUGACAAAUUUAAUUGAAAGCAAAAUCAAGGAAAAAGAUAAAGCGCAUUUUUAUUCAUACAGUUAGAAAGAUAGAUAAGAUGCCUCAAACAAUCUUAAAUUUGACAAAAUGGUACAAUCAGAAACACAGAAAGACAGGCUAAAAAGAAUACUUGGAAACGUGAUUGUAGAAAAAUCUAAUUAUAUGGAUUAAAUGAUUAAAGGAUUUAAAUCACUUGAAGAAAUGCGCUAAAAAACAGUUAGUUUUUUACUUUUAGUUGAAUAUUUUGAAAAGCGCUUGGCUGAAUAAAUAAAUUAAAACAAAACUAAUUUAUACUUUUUAAAAUUCAACUCUUUGUUGAAAGCUUACAUAUUAUUUGAUCCUAUCAACUGUAGAGACACAGAAGCAGCCGUUGAGGAAGUUAUCAACAAAGAAAGAUCAAUUGAUCAAACUACUACCAUAACAAGCCUAAGUAUUUUAUAAGGCAAUGUUGGAAGCAUCAUUGCCAGCUUUAAAAAUGUUAAGGAAAAUGGUAAAAUCUUAAAGUUUUCUGAAAAAAUUCCAUAAAUCUUUAAGUAUGAAAAAGGAGAAUUCUAAACAAAAGAAAGCGUUACUGAUUUAAUUCCAAACUGCAUUGGAAGACUUCAUGAUUAGUUUUUAAUGAGACUUAUCACUACAGGUGUCGCUAAAACCGUUAGAAAUUAUAGGACUAUGUUUGCCAAAGAUAAAUAUGGUUAUAUAUUUAGAGUUAAACUAUUUAUUAACUUUUACUUCAUCAAGUAAGAUGAUUUUGCUUUUAGUUCCUUAGUGAUUAACUGUCCUUCAAAUGAAAUGAAUGUAUUAUUGAAUUCGAAUGGCUAUAUUGAAGGAAUGAGUUAAAACUUUGCAUAAUUAAUUAAUGGAGAAGAAGUAGAUAGUGUUUAUUUCAAAAAGCUCAAUAUCUCAGCUCUCAUUCCUUAAUUCGUUGAAUUUAUGGGAGAAUUUAACAUUAAAGAGGAGUACUCUUUUCUUAAAUUCAAACUAGAUGUUCCCAAAGAUAUGAAUAAAUUAAUUUAGACAUUUAUUCUACACCACUCUAAUUAUUACAAUUCGUAGUUCACAUCUGAAAAAGGUAAAAUGAGUUCUUCUCGCAGUGAGCAUGCAGAUUUAACAAAAAAAUAGAGUAAAAAUAAUGCUGAUUGGAAGAAUAAUGUUUCUUCCUUUUUAAAUACUAGAGUUGCUCACAAGCUAUGUAGCUAUGAACUAACUUUGAAUGUAAGACAUGAGUUGUUUUAGGACAAUGGCGAAGAUGUUCUUCUUUACAUAUUGGAAAUUUAGUAAUACGUUAAUUGGGAGGAUCUGCUUGCUUCAGAAUUUUCAAAUAGUACAGGAGGAAGAUCUAAGUAAUCUUAUAAAAAUAUGGCAAGCGAAAGAACAAAAAUAGAAGGAAAGUAAAAUAAGCAGAUCUUUUAAAUGUAAACAAUAGAAAAUUAGCUCAUAGGAAAACACGAUAGUAGCUUCCAUGAACAUAAUGAAUAAGAAGGGAACUUAAUAAAGAGUACAUGUAUGAAUUUAUAAUCAAAGUAAGACACUGCCUUUUAACCUAUAAAAAGUUCAUAAAUUGAUAGUUGUGAUAACUUUGAUAAAAAAAACCCUCAUGCUAAAUCUUAAUAAAUGUAACCUCAACUUUAGAAUUACUAAAAUUUAGAUGAGUCAAACAUGCCUAUUUUAGAAAAUAAAAAAUUCGAUGAAUAAUUAUUUGAAACAAAUUAAAUUAAUAAUACUCUGAUGAUGAUGACUACUCAUAACAACGAAGAUGAUAAGGAGUUAUUUAAAUCUUUACAUUAAACAAAAGUUAUCAAAGAUAAGGCAGAAGAUUCUACUAAUGCUUAACAAAGUAAUUUAAUAACUAAGGAAACUCAAGAAAAUGGUCUAUUAUCAGUGCAAGAUGAAUAGAAUAUGAAAGAAAGUUAAUAAAAAAAAGAUGAUGAGAGCUCUUAGAACGACUCUAAGAAUUAGGGUAAGUAGUCUAUUUCUGUAUUUGAUGACCCAAAAAAAGAAGAAGGAAAUGAUAUAAUUAGGUAAAUGGGUAAAAACAACAUGUAAAUUUACGAGCAAGCAUCAUAAUCUUCUGUUUAGUCUUCAUCUUCCAGUAUAGUCAAGCAUAUUGUAGACAACACCACAAGUAAAAGCACACCACCAUUCUUUCUCAUCCUAUAUGCUGUAUUCAUCUUCUAAUUUUUCGUCUUUAUCACUGUAGUAGUAGUGCUUUCAGUUACUAUUUCUAAUAGUUUCAAUAGCUAUACUUAAGCUCUAAACAGGAUGGGAAGCUCUUCGAAAAUGCUUAUUCCUAUAAAUCAAGCUAUGAUAACAUCGGAUAUAACCUCACUUGAUAAUAUGCAGAUGCUUAAUCCAAUUCCUUCCUCUCAAUACAUGAAUUUGAUGGAGUAAGUUACAAAGACAGGAUAUUUGCAAUAUUCAGAUAAUCUAUUUAGCUUUUUAGACCAGCAAGUUUAAUAUCAGUAUUAAAGAAUUGUUUUUUAAAUGAUGAUACAAGCAUAUUUAGUAUCGUUUGAUAAGCAAAUUAUUUCUAAUUAAUACUUUACAGAAUUUUUAAAGUUAGUAGGAACUACCUUAUACAAUAUAAACAGAGAUGAUUAUCAAAAAUUGAUUACUGUGUUUGCUGAAGAAAAAUAUCUUUUAGUAAAUAAUCUGAACAGUACUCAAUCAUUUCUUCUAACGUCUAUGCAAAGCAUUAGUGAUGAUUUAGUUAGCCUUUAAUCCAGCAUCAUUAUUGUGAAUACUUAUAGUAUAGUUUUAGCUAUAGUCCUAAUCAUUCUCUCCUUUGGGUUUAUCAUUCCAUCUUAUAAUAACCUGAAGUUUAAAUCUGAAAGAAUUUUGAUGAUAGUUAGCAGAUUAAAACAGGAAGAAACAAGUGAUAUUAUUUUCCACUUAAAGGGGAUUCAGGUUAAACUUUUUUCAGAUAAUGAUGAUUAUCUUCAUGUCGAUUUUUCGAACUUUUCUUUGAGAGAAGAAAACGAAUUAGAGCAAUCACAGAGAAACAGCAGAAAGAAAAAUAAGUAGAGAUAGAACUACCUCUAUGACAGAAUAUCUGACAAUAAGCUGCAGUUUUGGUCUUUUGUUAUCAUUUUGGUCUUCUUUUGCCUACUUUCAGUUUUAUUUUUCUUGAUAAUUUUCAUAUACUUGAAUCAAUUCCAGAAUAUUUUUGGUACUCCUGCUAACUAAUAUAAAGAUUUUAUAUCUGGUUCUAUGCAAUUUACAACUGCUUCAAGUAGCCAUAAUUCUAUCUUGAUUAAUAAUCUACUAAAGGAAAACAAAAUAACGUAUUUAACAGAGUAGAAGCUUAAUGAACUGAUUGAGCUAAGAGCACAAUCGCUUUAAUCAAGUCAGCAAUACUUUUCUUAAUAGUUCAUUUAAUUAUAAUAAUAAGGAGCUACAAGUACAUUCUAAACUGCUAUUGUCCAGAUAAGUUAAGGAAAUAUCUGUGCAUAGAAUAUAUUAGACUAAAAAUAUAUAGAUUAUUGCAAGUCGGCCCUUUAAGGGAUUCUUACAUAAGGUCUUCAGCCUACUAUCUCAACAAUAACCUAAAAAAUCUAGAACGAAAUGAACAUAGAUAGCAAUUUUGGUUUAUUUAUUCAAAGUUAAGAAUACUAAGAUGGAAUUAUAGUAUAGCAACUCUUGACAAAUUUGUUGACAUAUAUAGUUGUUUAAUUUGAAAACUAAAAUACAAGCAUAAAAGAUAGCUACUUAAAUACUCUUUUAUUGCUUCUUUGUCUUGGAUGCUUAGUUUAUGUCCUAACUUUCUUCAUAGUAAUAGCUUUCUAUCUAAAUAAACUUAAAACAGAAUAUUUGAUUAUUAAGAAGGCGAUCCAACUUGUGCCUUACAGAAGAUUGACAGAAGAUUCAAUGACAUUAUUCCUCCUUAAAAAAAUAAUGGAUAUAUGA